ACCUCCAUACCUCCAUACCUCCAUACCUACAUAACUACAUACCUACAUACCUACCUAGUACAUAAUCUGCCUAUCUGUUUGGUAUCUUUCUAACUAUUGAUCUUCGUAUGUAUAGUCCAUACAGUCAGUCAUACAGUUCAACCUCCGUCGCACUGAGCCUGUACUGUCCCUGUAUGUCUGCCUACGUGUUUCGACAGUCUUCUUGACCCUUUCGACCUAUUGCGCAGUCUCUAGUCUUCCUUAUGAGCCUGUUACAUACAUCCAACGUAUCUAGGUAGUCUAUUUGUCUAUCUAAUUGCUUGUUUGCCUACUUGCCUUCCUAUCUGCCUAUUCAACACCCGAAAUUCUCAACAAUGGAUGCCAAAGUUCGGUGGCAUCGAACCAGAAUCCCCAUUUCGAUUUAAAACUACCUGGUUAGGUCAUCGUAAACGAGCGCCUAAGCUUGCUAGCUACCUCGCCCACCCUACGUUCUGCGGCACGACCAACUCGAAAGUCUACCGGGGUUGUUCAUCGUCCGAUCUAGUCAACUGACUCUUAAUCUACUCCCACCUUUUCCCACCAAGUACGCCAAGUACCCCAUCCGGUAUCCUGACUUAUCGACGACUUCAAGAUGCAUCAAACUCCCCGCGCCCCGCCGCGUACAGCCUCUCCGGCCCUGUCGUCACAAACAAAUCCCACAAGAACAAAUAAUCAGAGAGAUCCGCCAGGUAGUCGUGGGGAUGCAGGUCCCAGUAGAGACUCAAUCAAGAAGUUGGACCAGAUCAUUCAGAAUGUGUACUCGAAAGCCGGCACUGUCAUUUUACAGGCACGCAUGCAAGUGACCCCAGUCCUAGUAGGUAGAAACCAAGAGAAGAGAACAAGCAGAUGGUUCCAACUCGAUACAGACGAUAUAGACGACUUCCGAGAAGAAUUUCGGGUAUGGAAACAAUGUGGUGGAUUCGACAAUCGCCCCCCUCCUCUAGUCAUCGAAACCUACCUCGACGCCUCUCGACUGAAGGGGGGUCAAAGCUUGGUUAUUGUAGACGAGAAUGGGAAGCGGUGGGAUGUCUUGGAAGCCCUUAAUUCGUCUGACCAGUCUAGUGAAAGUAGUUCCGGGCGCCAGGGGAAGCCGAUCACCCGCGUUGUUUUAGAGAGAUGGCGAGUCGAGUUGAAAGGCGAUCCACCUGACAAGCCAGAGGAUUUUGGCCUUCUUCUUCCCACGGUGUACAAGAAGGCUAUCGUACUAAUGCGCUCUAUCUACACAACGACAGGCAUCCUGCCCGCCUGGAAACUCGCCAGAAAUUCAAAGACGAAGGGAAGUCAUCCGGCAUUAUCUAUUCGCUGCCGAGUUUCCUCGGGGGAAUCGCCCACCUACGGCUCCGAUACUUUGAGAAUGCCGUUAUUUGAUGGGCGAGGAGAUGUUUCCACAGACUAUAUGUUCGGCGAUCUCGAGGUUCCUGUGGGGCGUUUCUACGUUUCUGUGUCUUAUCGCAACAAUUGCAAUUUUCAAGUUGUUGAAACUGAGUCUUUAUUAAGCUCCCGAAUCGGUCUCGCCAUUUCUGAUGACAUGUUCAAGCCGUCCUUGCCUCAUCGUGGACAUGGACACCCUGAUUCCUACGCUCCUGAAGUGGGAUCGCUCCCAUACCACCGCCAUACGCACGAUGUCACCGAGAAUCAGCAGCGAUACGGUAGUUUAUCUACGUUUCAUGGUGCAGGGCCCAUCGGUACUAGUCCUAUAUCUGCAUUGAAAGCUGUAAAAGCCCCAGGCUCCGAUACCACUUCGCCACCUGAGUCUAUACCUGCGAGCCUUGAAGCCCAUCCGCAUACCCUCCCGAUUAGUGGCCCUGUUCGACGACCGUCCCUUAGGAAUUUAGAUACAACGAGGCGUCCGUCGAUAUCUUUCCAAUCGUCCCCAUUUAAGCAAGGCUCUCUCUCAGGCUCCCCUUCAAUCCGACCACAGGACUCUGACGUCCCACCUUCUCCUGUAUCUCUCAGUCGAACCCCUAUUUUGAACAUGCAUGUGAGGAACCGUUCUUCGCUGUCAGCCGGAAUGCCGGCUUCCCUGCGAGCCGUGCCACCUCCCAGCGGCGCGGAGAGUUUUCUAACUGGCUCUCCAAGGCCAUCCGCUACUAAUCGAUUUAGUAGUAGUUUCACACACCGCCGUAACCGACCGUCCCUCGGUGGAGGUAGAGGAGACGACGAUCAAAAUAGUAGCGGCAAACAAAGCCUCUCGUCUUCAGUUGCCCAGCCAGGCUCUGGCUUAUUGAACGAGCUUGGUGCUGGGGGUAGUUCAGCAUCUUUCCCCCCGGAGGAUGACAAUAUUCAGGACUUUUUGAAAAUGAUCGAAAGCAAGAAAACAUUGCAGAGCUUUGAGCCGUCCAAGAAGGGCGAGUCGGCGACUAAGAGAACCGCUGCUCAACUGUCCAAGUUCCAACUCAUGCGGGAGUCUAACAACGCGCUUACAGACUCCAUGAACUCUUCGAUGCAUCUACAACGCUCCUCUAGCUCAUCUAGUCGACAAUUAGCCAACGUUCCAGGCAUGUCGGCGUCAUCAUCACCGGGAGGAAAACCGUUAUCGCCUCAUACCCCACACACCCCAGCUAUUCCAUCUCGCCUGAGUGAAAACUCGAGCGUGGACUACGCGCCAACUGCGAGGAUUACGUCGCGAUCGCGGACUGUCGAAGGCCUAGUAGAAGAGCCAUCGACUAUUACACAAACUACACACGAGGGGGACGAUGAUGACGUUGGCGCCCAUCGCAGUGUUAGUCUUGGAGCAGAUGAUCGUGAUCCGCCUAGCCUCAGUGUUCUAUUGGGAUUAGGUGCUGCCGAAGCAGAUGGUGUUGUAGAUGCGCCAAGUCUGCGAUCGGCUGCUGAUAUCCGAGCUACGAGCCCUUCCGAUAUUCUCGGGCCAGAGUCGGAGUCUGUCGAGCGUGAAGUUCGACCUCCCGGUGGCCUAUUUACUGGAUAUUCCAGCUCGCCGUAUAGUAGGCGGUACGGUAGUAAUGCCGGCCGAGGGAUAACCCCCCCUCAUUCUGGAAGUGGUAGUCUUGCCGGAUCUAGCGGAAGAUUUGGUAGAGGCUAUUCGCGUGGGGGUGCUACUGGUCUGGGUGUUACAGGCGCAGCUGCAGAUGAGGCAGACGAUGAGCCACUUCUUUUUGAUAUGUCGGAGAUCACGCGUGAACAGUCGCGCCGUAGUCUUGAGGAAACAAGAGGCGGCAGCGCAGGAUCGGGCGGUGAUAGGGGAGGAUAUGAGACAAGCCAUCGCAGCCGCCGUUGGUAAAUCAGUCCGCCUCACUGAAAAUCGCCUCUCCUCUACAGUCCUGGAUGGACUUUUUCAUUUCUUUGUUGACAUUUAUUCAUUAUGUCCAUCUUCACCGUGAACCGUAAGAAGACCUGAGGGAUUCUCCGGGAAUGUUAUAGGGAUUCCAUUUGUUGUACAGGGCGGGGACAUGUUCCUAAAACUUCUACUACACUCACAGAUUGUCAUUGUCAUGUUUUGGAUGAGCAGAAAGUUUCGAAAGGAGUUUGGGCGGAUAGGAUUGUGACUGAUUACGGCCGGAGUCCAGAGCGGGGAUUCUGAGGAUCAGUAUC